AACGGAACGCAUCCAUUCGCUGCGGAGCGCGUAUCCGCCGCAAACAUGGCGGCAGCCAGAGAGAGUGAAUUCGACUUUGGACUCGAAAGUACGGAAGAGUCGACGCUCUUAGCAGCCCGAACUGGCGCUGGCGCCAUGGAAAGUGCUCCGACGACUAGCCAGGUCGUCCACGUCAAGGUGCCCUCGCGUCUCGAUGACAGCGAGGAAGACAGCGGCUCGUCGAGUCCGCGCGACUUGUGGGACGCUGUGAAGAUCGACCUGGCACAGGCGGGCUCGGACUCGGACAACGUAGUGAAUGACUCUAGAAUUAGCCGGGGCCCAUCUGUAGACAGGGAAAAUGUGCCCGUCGAGAGGACCUUGCCGCGAAUGAACUGCCCUGAGAGAAUCGUUAUAUGCGUCGACCUUUGUUCAGAGAUGGAGGACAUGCCAUUCACAUUCUCAGAUGGGUCAAAGCAGUCCCCCCUGUUCAUGAUCAAGCGGGUGAUUGAGCUGUUUGUACAUAACAAGCACAAAAUAGACAAGCGACACGAAUUUGCCCUCGUUGUCUUCCACGAAGUGCCUCUUUGGAUCAGAAACUUCACAAACGAUCCAAAGGAAAUCUCCAACUUCCUUGAGGACCUCAAUGAGACGAGGCAUUGUGAAAGCUGUGACCUCACUGGCUUGUUUGACGCAAUAACUGAGCACACCCACAUCCCGGAAGUGGGCAGGGAGGGACCCUUCCCACCACCUUUCCUGGUUCGAACAAUCCUCAUCUAUGGCCGGUCGAACAGCGUGCCCCAGGUUCACAGCAACCUGCAGAUGCUCAAACAGAUGAUGCAUUCUCUCUACUUCUUUCUCGACAUCCUGUAUGUUCAUGAACCCUUGUCCGAGGCGAACUGCUGCCAGGAGAUAUUCAAUGCCUUUGUCGCCCUCGACGACCAGCUGCAGUCCUACAUGUUUGAGGUGUCGCGGAAUGCCACGAAGCUCCACAACUGCAUGGCCAAGCUUUUGGCCCACCCGCUGCAGAGGCCGCAGCAGCACAUAGCCCACUACAAGCUCAAGGCCGACGAGAGCCCGAGUUGAGGCGGAGGCUCUAGUUGCUUGCUCCUCCCCAGACACUCAACUGUAGCAUCGCGCGAAGCCUGUACAAAGCCUGUACACAAUGUAUAGUGAGCGGUGGCCAACUCGUGACUGGAAGCCUGCUGGGACGCAUCUCACCUGCUGCCACUUUCGCCAUCGGCUUGUGGCUUGGCUGGCAUGUGCCUCUGUCAACAGAGAGAGUGCCACUUGAUUGCGGAAGUUGUCGGAGGUGUGCAUUCCGUUCAGACUAGAGAGGAGUUCUCUCCCUUUCAGCACUGUUGGUGCACUGUGUAGCAUGAUGCUACGUUUUACUACUUAGAAGGCUUUUGUACAUUGACUUGAAGAAAACUGCUGCUUUCUGGGCCACAUUUCCCAUGAGCCGCUUGAGGAUAAGAAUAAGCUGCCUAAAAAAAAUGCACUUUUAAGCGCCUGGGGAAUUUGUAUUUUUUAGUUUACUGUCAGUGUGACACAACUAGUGAGGCUGUGGGUUCUGAGAGAGCAUCACAUGCCUGACUCGUAAGCUUGUGUAUAGUCUUGUUAUGGUUCUGUCUUGAAUCGAAGGAGAGAAAAUGUGCUGUGCUUCUGCCAUUUGCUCAUACAGUUGCAUUGUUUUCAUGGGAAGUAUAUUUUUCUUUCUGCAUUUUGCUGGCAAGCACUUGUCCGCGGCCAUGUUGAAACCAAAUCCAAGGUUUCACACUAACGCAGUAGUUUAAAACUGAUUGCUCAGCUUCGUAGUGCUGUAAUACAUUUUCUGAUACAUCCACAAGUUGACUGUGUACAAACCACCAGCUGAUAGUGUGUACAAAGCGAGAGAAUUUCUGGCAUGCUUUUAUAUGUUUUUAUUGCUGUUGGUAAUUGGCUACCUUUCUCGUUUUAUGGUAAAGUUAAUACUGAAGGUUGGGCUAGUUAUAACCAUGACAUUGUUAGUGAAUUUCCAGUGCUUAGUGGAAAAUAGAACAGAAAGCAAAAGGACAGAAAGCAAUUAGACAGAAGGAAUUCUGGUCUUCAACUGGUCUUCGAAGAAACAUUACAUCUCAUGUAAUGGCAGGCAGGGGCACAAUCAAUGUCCAUCACAACUCGGACCGGAUGAAGAUAAUCAAAUUCUUUAUUUGGCAUUGUGAUUGACACCAUGCUCACACAGCUAUUAUCUUUUUAAUGGAAGAGGCUUCGUGUAUCAAUCUGAGCUGUCAAAUAAAGAAAUUGAUUAUCUUUGUCAGCGGCUGCUUGUUACGUAUGGUAUGAGUUGUAAUCGGCAUGUGCAUUGAUUAUUCCCAUGCCUGUCGUUACGUGGGUUCUUUUUUCCAUAAGUAAAGUUCACUUGAAGUCCAGUUUUUCUACUGUCCUGUUUUCUAUUCUAUUGCCUUAUUUUCUAGUUUACGUAAAACGCUGGAAAUUUCUUAAUAAUGGUAAAGCUUGCCAUUGUGUUGCCACCGAUUCAUGCAAGACUUGUAGCACUUGUUGGGGACUGUAGUCAUUCACCACAACUAAUAGCUCAGUGCUUUUUCCCAUUGCAGUUUUGGUUAGCUGCUGUUUUGCUAUUGUGGUGCUUACUAAGUCUUGCUAUUGUCGCUGCUCUGUUCUCAGCAUUCUGAAGAGUUCCUGUAUUUACAUAGUUUAUUGCUUACGCACAAGCCAUCAUGUUCUUUAUCUGUGAGACAACCAAUGGAGCCAUGAAGACUGUCUUCCAACUAUGGAUUGUUUUGCAUGCAGGUAUGGCAGGUCUAUCGACUGUGGCCGUUAGCCUUGGCUGUGUUCGUUCGGCUUGUGCCAAAUGAUGAACAUUUUUCUUUGAACAAAAUUUUUGUCCAGUUCCCAAAAUGAUAUGCUUGUUUUUCAACACCGUACAUGGAAACACUAGUCUGCUCAUAGGCCGCGCCAAUGCUUCUUAAGGCGUCCAGCAUUUGCUGGAUGAUGCACUAGCAGCAUGAUGUCGAGUACCUUUACCUCAAGGGUUGUGAUCUCUCAAGAGAUCGGUGGGCUGUGCCAGCCGAAGACACUCAUCAAAGGUUAGUGCUUGUUUUUCAGCUAUUACUGCAUGAAUUGAGCACAUAACAUACAUGUCAAGGACCUUGUAAAGCUAUCCGCAUGCGUUGCCGGAUGUCCUUAACAUUGGCAGUGUUAAAAAAAAAUUAAAGCAGAAAUGUGUAUAUAAUCAACAUGUUGGUAUUUGCGGAAAGAAUUUUCUAAUAAAGUGCAUAAUAUGUUUGCCCA